AUGGCUCGCACACGCCCAGCACCGCCCCCGCCUAUCCCCGUCCGUCUCGGCGGCGUGGCACGCUACGACAACAUGCCUGCUCGUGGACCACUCGGUCUCCGCCGCUGGUUCUGGAAGAAGGGUGUCCAGAUUGACGCGCACCUUUCCUUUGCAAUGCUCGAGUGGUGGGAGGCGGUUAUCGUCGCCCUCAUCGUGCUCCCCAUCACGGCACUGUUCUGGUACUCGGCCUUCACCUACUUCCCCGCGCACGUCCGCUACAUUUCCAAGCGGUUCAGCUACUAUGUCUUUGAGGACGAGAACGUCGACGCGUUCGCCCGGUUCCGUGCCUACGUCGCCGAGUGCCUCAACGUCUUGUGGCUCUCGCUUCGCGGCGCCGCUGCUGGGGCCGCGCCCUCUGCGGUCACAGGCAGCCACGGAGAGCUUUAA